AUGGGUCUCUCCGUCUCUCGCCUUCUCUCUGGUCUCUUUGGAAAGAAGGAGAUGCGUAUUCUGAUGGUCGGUCUUGACGCCGCUGGUAAGACCACCAUUCUCUACAAGCUCAAGCUCGGUGAGAUCGUCACCACUAUCCCCACAAUCGGGUUCAACGUCGAGACUGUCGAGUACAAAAACAUCUCGUUCACCGUGUGGGAUGUCGGAGGUCAAGAUAAGAUUCGCCCGCUCUGGAGGCAUUAUUUCCAAAACACCCAGGGUAUUAUCUUUGUUGUCGACUCGAACGAUCGAGAGCGUGUUUCUGAGGCUCGCGAGGAACUUCAGCGGAUGUUGAACGAAGAUGAACUUCGUGAUGCCCUCCUCCUGGUGUUUGCCAACAAACAGGACUUGCCCAAUGCCAUGAAUGCCGCCGAAAUCACAGACAAACUUGGUCUCCACGGCCUCAGGCAGCGAACCUGGUACAUUCAAGCUGCUUGCGCCACCUCUGGAGACGGUCUGUAUGAGGGUCUCGAAUGGUUGAGCGCAAACAUCAAGCGCCGAGUAUAA